AUGGCGCCGAAAAGUGCGCUAGAAGUGCGGCGCGAGCGCGCCGCACAGCAGGCACAGCAGACACCGCUGGUACCACAGGCACAGCCAGAGGACGUACCGCUCGCGUCUCCGUCGCCGCCCCCUGCUCCGGGUUCCGAUGUGGUGGAUACGAGCAUGACGUCUGAUGUUAACGUGUCGAUGACCGAGCCUAUGAAAGCAGACUCGCCACUCGUGACAUCUCGUCGCGUCCUAUCCUAUGCAUCCAAAGAUCAGUGCAUUUUGCAGCAUGAUUCAGUAUGUUGUGGCGUACAUGACGAAUCGAUUGUGGUGCGCGGCACAUGUAUGUUGCAGGUCGUACGCGGUGCCGUGCUGCUCGGCGGGGCGCGUUUGACGCCGUGCUCGCCACCGCAUCCCAUCUAUGCACCGGAGACCUUUCCGGCUGCCGAGAUACUACCUGUUCCAUACUCAGCAGACUCCGAGCACCGCGACAUCCUCCCGCACUAUGAUACGGUAGUGCGUCUGCAGAGCAUAAAGUGCGGCAUUGAGCAGUUAGCUCGAGUAUGUCCCCUUGCUGGCAUGGAUCCAUUUGCGCUGCAUAGGGCUGUGCCCGGGUGCACAUUCACGCUCGAGUCAAAUGCAUCAGACACACUGUGUGUGCCGACAGAAUGGCGAGACGUGUAUGACGAACUUGGCUCCCUACCUAGUCGCGUGCCUAUGACGCUCGCCGUGCGCGGCGGCAAAAACACCGGCAAGUCGACACUCGCUCGUCUGCUUCUUCAUGCCUUACUCACGAACGGGGAGCACCGCUUCGUCGCCUUUAUGGAGCUGGAUGUGGGCCAACCUGAAUUCGGCCCGCCAGGUAUGCUGUCGUUGCACGUGUUUGACGCGCAACGAGAGAGUGGCGUAUUUGGUCCAAGCUGGUGUACGGCCCGCGUGCCUGUUCGUGCCCAUUUUCUGGGCGAUGUCACGCCUCGCAAUGAUCCAGCGCGGUACAUGGCCGCGGUAACAGACUUGAUGGAGACGUACCGUCAGCAUUUCGCCUCCUAUCAGUCGACGCAGCACGUCGAGGCGCUCCUGCACGUCUCGGAACUAAUGCCACACACGUCUCGCGCGUCGCACACGAUACCCCUCAUUGUCAAUAUGCACGGCUGGGUCAAGGGGCUAGGCCUGGAACUUGUGCAGCAUGCCACAGCCGCGCUGUGCCCGACACAUGUUAUCGACUUGGGCGCCAUGCCCCUCGCAGACACCACGCAUACCAUAACGCCCUUUGGUGAUACGCUCGUCGGCCUUGGCGCCAUGCCCGCACGCCGGCUCAAUGCGGCUGAAUCGCGGACACUGAGCCUUCUUUCGUACCUGCACACGACGCGUCUCGCUCAAGUCGGCGUACAUGCGCACUGGGACUUUGCGUGCGCUCUUGUGGCACAACGUCCGUGGAUCGUUGAUGUACAUGCAGGACUAGGCGCAGGAUGGGCCACGCUGGACACCGGUGCCCAUGUCGACGAGGCCCUUUCGUUGCUGGCCAUGAAUGGAGCUAUUGCUGCAAUUGUACAGGCACCGAGACCUCUUCCCCGUGAAGAAUCAGACAACGAACUGGAUGUGUGGCAUGUGGCACUGCGACGUGGCGCCGUGCUAUCGGCUGUCGCCUCGCCGCCGGCCCUAGGCUUGGCCCUUGUGCGUUCCAUUGACAUGGAGCGGGGCGAAAUGCACCUAUUGACCCCGUUGGACGGCCACAUACUGAAGCGCGCCCAGGACGACACUGGCCUGCCACUCGGUCUCUUGCAGGGCGCUCUCGACCUGCCGUUCUGGGGCGCCUUGGACUCGGAUGCGUAUGCUGAUAUCGUGCAGUGGCGUCACGACCGCCCCGCGCCCCUACUUGCCGGCGUGCCACGCGAACAAGUGCCCUAUCUACUGUGGCCGAGUGAGCUGCUGGGCAUGCAGAACGAGGGAGCGGAACCCCUCGGCGCACGGCCGCGGAAGGUGCGGCGCAAUUUAAUGCGCCGCCGCCAAAUGCAUCCUCCAUAG